ACCCUCCAGUGUUUAUCGGCUGAUAGAAGCCCCCCCCCAACCCCCUGGAAGGUGGACCUGAGCGAUAGUGACAAGUAGGCAGGACCGGGGAAUAACUGUUUAGCCUCCCUGACUGAGCUAAGCGACGCUCCUAGGAUGCUUGAGAAUAUAACCAGCGAGGCAUCGACAGCAGGCCAUUCUCUUCCAGAUACCACCCUUAUAGCUUCAACUUUAGAGCACCAAGAAGAACAUUCGACAUUGUUGCCAGAAUUGGAUACUCUUACUACAUCACCCACUCACCUGCUAUCUUCAGCUGUACAUCACCAAAGAGAGAAUCCACUAUCAUUGACAGCAUCUGGUAGUACCGUCAGACCAUUCACCAUGUCACUCAAUGACACGGCUGUCACUCCUGAAGUCCCCGUCUUCCCAGCACUGAACAUCACGGGAGGACGGCAAAGAAUAGGACACCCUUUUGAUGAACCAGUGACUAUACUCAUUGUUUUGGGUGUAAUCGCUGGUAUCGUUGGAACUAUCCUUCUCAUCUAUUACUUAAUCAGCCUAAUAACAAAGAAAAGUUCAGUUGACAUACAACCUCCCAAGAGCGAAGACACGGAUGAGCCUAUUGAACAGAUCGUUGUUCAAGAAGAGCACGGCAGUGUUUGAAAGACCUCAAAGAAAACACGACGUCAGUCAACAGAAAACGUAAUACAAGAAUCAGACAUUUCAGUAAAUUAUGUACCUUCCUGAGCUGUGUCAUUAUAGGAGAAAAUGUCACCAUUUUAAGCUUCAUUAAUUCACGAUAGAGGGUAGGGGUGGGAGGGGCAUCUCCUUUCAUUAGUAACUGUAGAUGAAGAGAAGUUUCCUUGUAGGUUUGAUUUUAUGUUGAAUAGCAAGGUUUAUAAAUACUUGACUAGAAAUUUUGUCCCAAAGUUUCAAUUGAGUUCAUGUGUUGUCCAUUAAGAUCGACUUAUCCGAUUCUGUUAUAUUUCGUUCAUAAUGUUAUCAUUGAAAGGCUUAUACUAGCUCCAUGAAAUCGAAGUUCCCUUAUCAUUCUAACUGCUGGAUUCAGUUUCAUUGUUUUAAAUAAAUUAAAAGGCCAGCAA